UGAAUGCUUUAAGAUUUGGGUGAAGAGCCUGUGGAAUCUGCACUGGGGCAGCUCUGCCUUUCAUACCCGAAGGCUCCGAUUGCCUUCAGCUACCAGAGCUUGCUGUCCAUUCCCUCAUCCCUUCCUUCCUCUGGAGCGUAAGGUUUGAUCCCACAGCUUUUCAUGUGUCCACGAACAGAGAUAUUUCAGACGGAGCCCACUCUCAACCUGUCUAAACAGCCUUAUGCAGUGAGGAGGAGCUGCACCCAGCUGUCCUGGAGCACCGAAGAGGAGCUGUGGCAGCAGCUGUAAAAGAAAAAUCACCAUGGAGCCGCCACAUAAAAGUCGCUGCGAAGCUGCAGUAUGAAAUGCCCUAGUGGCUUCAGAACAUUUUUAUUGUACAGUUACUGCACAUUUGGAGGUCAAGAGAGUGUCUUGGCAUCCUGAGCGACUGCCUCAAUACAAUGGGAAUUCUCCCCAGCAAGCCUGUAUUAACCUCUUUUCCACUGGAUCAGCAAGUGCCAUAGAGAUGUGGGGGAAGAUGUUGUUCAAAGAACACCUCUACCCUGCACUCCAUGAGAAAUGAAAGUGAAAAUCCAGCUGCUUUUUACAGAAUGAAGAAGCCCGUGGCAUGCCUUUCCCCCCAAGGUUCAAGUAGCUUCUGCAUCUCCGGUGCAGGGCUCUGGAAGAGGAGCUGAAUGACUUCAGAGCUGGACAGAGUGCUCAAGUGCAUGGAGAAGGGAGGAGGCACAAAAGCUUCCUGGGACACAAACGACUUUUGAGAGAGAUGACUGAGGGAGGAGCCUGGUGAGGCUGACCUGGGAUAGUGGAGGACCCAAGGAGAGCAUCCAACACUGCUGGAGCUGAGCACCACCCAGAGCACGCCUGAUGGACCCUUCCCACUUUACACGGUUCUGUUUCCUGCUUCUGACUGUUGCAGCUCCUUGUCCAAAUAUUGCCAUGCACAAUGACAACCCUGCUGAGAGGACACAAGACUCUGCCUUUGGCAAAACAAAAGUGACAGUCUACCACUGUAAAGAGUGUGAGAGAAACACAUGCACAUCAUCCAAUUACGAAGAUUUUGUAAUAAUUGGUGAAACGCAAAAUGAGACAUUUUCAAACGAAAAAAUUCAGUUGGUGACCAGUGAAACACACAUUAUUAUGUGCUUUCAGCAAGAAAAUACUAUUCCUAAAGGAAUUUUUGCCAUCUUCUGGGAGAAAGACACAGGAGUAGGAGACUCAUGUGACCUCCUGAAUUUCGAAGCUUCCUUUGAAAAUGUGACAGAUCCCAUCAUUAAAACUUGCUGUGCAGCAGAGAUGAACCUCUCGGUGCCCAACUCUACCCUGAAGUGCUACUCUGAAGAUGAGAAAACCACAAAAUCGGCAGCCAACAGCACUGAUGAGGAAUAUCUAGGUAUCCCUCAGUUUUCCAUCAGCAAAAAACGCAGCGUUGGCAUCAUUGCCCUAUUUGUGGUUCUUGUGGUUUCUGCAGUAGCAGUGACCAUAUGUUGUGUUCAACAGAAGCGAAAGGCUCAAGGACCUGUCAUAGUGCUCCAUUCAAUUGUUAAGGAAAUUAUUUGAAAAAUCAAACGGGCUCCUGAUGUGGAAAACCUCACACCUAUUUGAAAAACAUGCUCAAAAGGACAAACCAGGCCUCUAUGCCAGCAGCGUAUUCCUCGGUAAGCAUGUAGAAUGUUCAGCUGGAGAAAAAGAUAUUACUUUUAUAUGAUAUCUCCUGGCAGUUUUCACAAAUGUACCUUCACCAAAUCCAUGCAUUAACUGAGCACUGUGAUUGCCAUAGUCAUCCAGCUCCAGGCCUUCACGAGCAACAUGAGAAACUCCAUGGAUCUCCCAUCCUCUCCUGGUGCUUUGCUGAGGACAGCAGUCAUCACAAGAUGGAGUGUCUGCUUCAGCAGCACAGCUUUAAACCAAAUGAAUUCUCUAGAUCCAAAAUCCCGUUUUCUACAGGUGACUGGUUUGUUGAUUUAGAGGAGUUUGGUCUCUUCAACAGACAUUUGAUUUUGCUACCUUGGCAGGUUGAAGACAUCUCUGCAUGGUCAUUCCUCCCUCCUGGCACACGAGGGGGUUAUAUCCAGCUCCCUCAGAAACAACAUUGGGUGAUGGAGGCCAUAGCCUCCUCAGGGGCUGUAAGGAAGUGUGGUAUCAAUAUCCAUGACAAAUUAGGUCAUUAUAGUGGCAAUUUUAGUGUAGGACAUUUUCAACAGUAACUCCAGUGAAUAGGAGAGCAUAUCAAUGUAAUCAUGCUCUUUCCUUAUUGGAAAAGAUUACAAUAUUUCUGCAUCUGAAGAUAGAUUUGGGUAUCCUUCAUGUAGACACUCUGUGAUAAAUACUGCACUUUGAGGAUCUCCAUUUAUUAGUUCACAGGUGGUAUAUCAUCUUCAAAUGAUUUAUCAUUCAAGCUUGAUUUGAAUAAAUCCCUGAAAGUUUGUAUUAGUCGUAAUCUAUUAUCAGGCUUUUGAGCAAAAAUAAUCAGUGGAGCGAUUGGAAAGAAGAUCCAUGAAACAAGAUGAAUACUGGCUAAAUCACUGGUUUAAUGACCCAUGCACCCGCAGAUGAAACUUCCAGCAGGAAAUCUCAAAGGAUGCAGGAUGUUGUGUGACUUUAAAUUUCCUACAAACAAAUCUAUAGGGAAAAGUUCAUAAUGAAAGACAUCAAAAAAUAUGUAAUUAAUUAAUUUUAGAAACACAGCAAAGCCUCUGCUUAAACUAGGUCUUGUUUGGUGCAGAAGAGUAGUGCUGGUGUUGGGGGAUUUUCCCCUCCACAGUGGGGGCUUUACACUCAGGCUGAUCUAAGAUACCCUUUUAACUCAGCUCUCAGCUUAGUUGUUGGACUUUGUCUUUUCAGUUCUAAUGCAGUAGAAUGUAGUCAAAAUCUUUUGAAGAGAGGGCAGUCCUGAGGUGUUCAAAGGCUUUGAGGUAUUUACUGUGUAUGUUGUUUUGAAUGAUUCAGUUGUGAACUCUGUUAUAUCAGAAAGAACGUUAUAAUAUGUUCAUUCAAUAGGCCAAAGCUGAGGUUACCUGUAAAUACUCCAGACUCUACAAGGAUUUAGAGAUAGAAGGAAAAAGACUUUUCCUCUUUAUACGACAAUUUGGUACAACCGCAACUGCUGUUUUUCCCCAGAACAGGACUGCUGUAAGCUUUCAGCAGGGUAAACCUGUGUCUCAAUGAGUGAGAAAGAGGUAUGUUUGGGAUAAAACUCAUCUUUUUGGAGGCAAUAUGAUACCUGCUCCUGUAGCCUGGAAGCUAUAGCACUGCAGCUAUUAUGGGUGUUGCUUUUAGUUCUGUUACCAUUGGGUACCUUUGAGGAAGUGCCAAGUGCUUCAGCUUAUGCGAUUGAGUUCUAUGCUGUGCUUCUGGAGAUUUCCAGUGACUUACACAUUAUUUUCCCAUAGCUAGAAAAAUACUGUUUUGAAAUUGAAGACCAUUGCUGUUCUUUUGCAUGGUCUUUCAAUGAGAAAAAUAUGUGUCUAUGUUUAUGUGUGGAAAAAUCUAUGCAUGUGUCUAUCUAUGGUGUUCAAAUCAAUGGCUGACAUGGGGUGGUUUUGAUAUAAACCCAGAGUUCUUUGGAAAAGGGACAAAGUGAUAUUUGAGAACUCACACUGUAUUAACUUGAGGGGUUCAGGUUUAAUGAUGUACAGAUUUUAUUUCUGCUCUCUAACACCAGUUGGGGCCAGAGAGCUGGACAUGAUUGAAGAAGAAAGGUUAUACGGUUGCUUUUGCCCAGUGACAGUUGUUUAGCUAAACUAGUCACAAGGCACAAGUCACAGACUGAUCUUGGUGGCUCACUCAAGCGCACUUUCCUUUACAUUUCUUCUUUCUAUUGAUGAUUAUGCAGGUUGAGAUAUUUGGAGGCAUCACUACCAACUGUUUCACUUUGUCCCUCGUGAAUUGUGUUGCGCUGGUAGACAUCAAUAAUGAUAUCUCUGGAAAAACUUUUAAAUAUAGCUCUAAGGAUCUACAGUGUUUUUCUAAGCAAUGGCAUUGUGUUGUUUUGCAGUAUUCAAAUAUUGGCAAGUAUUUGUUUAUGAAAUAAAAAUAUUACUAAAGAUACUAA